AUGCCGGGCACGUCGCGCAUGCCGGUCAGCCUCCGGGAGAGCUUGAAUAGCGUCAAGAAGUCCCGGCCCAGGAAUCCUCUGCAGCUAUUCAAUAUUGACCUGAUCCGAAACAUCGUCUUCUUCUUCUUCGUGCUACGAUGGGCGCGCCGCUCCUUCUGGAAGCUCAAGGGCCGCGGCAUCGUUGGCACGCUGGUCGAGCUGUACACAGAUUCCCGCCGCAUCCUCUACGGCUGGUUCCUGCGCGCCCCCGGCGUGCGCACCCAGGUCCGCAAGCAGGUCCGGGAGGCAGUCGCCAAGCUUUCUACUAAGAUGAUCCCCGUCAACCAAACGAGAUACUUGUCCUUGCCGAAGGAGGGCUGGCAAGAAGAUGCGGUGCGUGGUGAGCUAGAAAAGCUGGCAACUAUGGAUCACACACGGUGGGAGGACGGCUACGUCUCUGGUGCGGUAUAUCACGGCGAGGAUGAGCUGUUGAAGUUGCAGACGGAGGCCUAUGGCAAGUUUACGGUUGCCAAUCCUAUACAUCCGGAUGUGUUCCCGGGUGUACGGAAGAUGGAGGCGGAGGUGGUAGCCAUGGUGCUAUCCCUUUUCAAUGCGCCGCCCGGUGCGGCUGGUGUCAGUACAUCCGGAGGCACAGAGAGUAUUCUCAUGGCAUGUUUAAGUGCAAGGCAAAAGGCCUAUUGCGAGCGAGGCGUGACGGAGCCAGAGAUGAUCCUGCCCGAUACUGCACAUACAGCAUUCCGCAAGGCAUGUGAAUACUUCAAGAUCAAGAUGCACCUCGUAGCUUGCCCGGCGCCAGCAUACCAAGUUGAUGUACGCCGUGUGGCACGGCUUAUCAACAGUAACACCAUCCUACUAGUUGGCAGCGCACCCAACUUUCCCCAUGGCAUCAUAGACGAUAUUGCCGCUCUAUCUAAACUAGCUCUCAAGAAGCGUCUGCCUCUACAUGUAGACUGCUGUCUGGGCUCUUUCCUCGUCCCUUUCCUUGACAAAGCCGGCUUCGAAACAGAGUCGUUUGACUUCCGCCUCAAGGGCGUGACGUCCAUCUCGUGCGACACGCACAAGUACGGCUUCGCGCCAAAGGGCAACAGCACGGUACUGUACCGCACCGCCGAGCUGCGCACGUAUCAGUACUUCGUGUCGCCCGACUGGUCCGGCGGCGUGUACGCAUCACCCGGCGUGGCGGGCAGCCGGCCGGGCGCUCUCAUCGCUGGCUGCUGGGCGAGCAUGAUGAGCGUCGGCGAGGCGGGCUACCUGGACGCGUGCGUGCAGAUUGUCGGCUCCGCCAAGAAGCUCGCCGAGCGCAUCACCACCAGCCCGGCCCUCAGCGCGGAGCUCGAGAUCCUCGGCCGCCCGCUCGUCUCCGUCAUCGCCUUCCAGGCGCGCAACCUCAACAUCUACGACAUUGCCGACGCCAUGACCGACAAGGGCUGGCACCUCAACGCGCUUCAGAACCCGCCCGCCAUGCACAUCGCCGUGACGCUACCCAUCGCCAAGGUGUGGGAGCGCCUGGCUGCGGACCUGGAGGCGGUCGUCGAGGCGGAGAAGGAGAAGGAGCGGGUGCGCCUCGUCGAGGGCAAGGGCGCCAAGGGUAAGGCAGUCGGCGACUCGGCGGCGCUGUACGGCGUGGCCGGCAGCCUGCCAAACAAGAGCGUCGUGGUUGACUUGGCUACGGGAUUCCUAGAUCUGCUAUACAAGGCAUAA